CCCAACAACUCACCAGGCUCACUAGCGAUACAGAAGGCAGGUGGGUGGAUCUACUGCACCACUUUAGAUUGAAGACAAUGGGAGAGGAGCGAGUUUGAAGAAAUUAAGCAGCAUGUUAGAUCAAAAAAAAGAUAUUGGAUUGGGUUUUGGAUAUUUUACCGCGUAUUUUGAGAAAAUAAUGAGUUAUGGGGAGUCGGAUGAAGUAUAAAAUAUGUAUCAACUGCAAAGAGAGCGUAGCUGAAAAUAAUUUCAUUAUUCAUGAGGCUUUUUGCACUCGAAAUUUGAGAAGGUGUUCAGAUUGUGGUAAGACUGUUAUGAGGACUCAGAUGUCCAAACACCGAUUGGAAAGACAUGGGAAAACCCCUUGUACCAAUUAUGAGCCUCUGAUCGAAAGCUUUGAUAUGACAGAGCCUAAAGUUGUGUGCCAAAGACAACUAGUGGAGUGUGUAUUUUGCAAUUUGGAAAUAAAUAUUGACGAGUUAGAUGAACAUGAUUCAAGAUGUGGCAGCAGAACGGAACUUUGUAUACACUGUGGCCGUUUUGUGAUGCUGAAGAACAUUAAAACUCAUCACUGCAGGAUAUACACAGAGCGACCAAACCAUUCCCAGGGUGUUUAUGAGGACGACUAUCUAAUGGCGCUGGGAAUGCAAUGCGAAGAUUACAUACAGUAUUUGUCUCUAAAUGAAAACAUAGAAAGUAAGACUCAUCUUCGACACGAUGAGAAGAGAUCGAUGACAUUAGAUAAAAAUACUUCAAGUGAACAAGACUCAAACACAACUAUCCCGUGUGAAUUCUGUCAGUCUACGUAUCCAGUGGAUGAGAUUUCUGAGCAUCAAGUUAUGUGUAUGCUUCAGAACAACUCGACAGAUUUAUCAACGGAAGGGGUCACCAGAUUCAGGGGACCAACUUUUCAACCAAUAAUAAAUUCAAAAACUAAUUGCAAUUAUCGUACAGUUUCAAAAGCAACGGAGUUAACCUCUGUUAAAUCAGCCAAUGAUCCAAUCUCGAUGAAGUCACAAAAUCUUAACCAUUUGAUACCAGUUAGCAAGAAAUCUCCACAGUCUUCAUCAUCACAAACAUUAUCUUCAUCGAUAUUGAAAGUAAAUGAGAAAAUAUCGAAAAAUGAUAAAAAUAGAAUUUGUGCCCCAAAUAAAUUAUCAUCAGAUAAGAAUACUUCGAUCUACAAAACUAGUAAUCAGUUCAAGUCAAUCAAUAUGCGUAGUAAUGUUUCCAGUGGAAAUGUGAAAGCUUCAGUCCUAUCAAAGACACCAUUGAAUUCAUGGAAGAAGAGUGAUAGUUCAUCUAAUGCGAAUUCCUAAAAUAUAAGUCACACGUUAACUGCAUUUGUUAUGGGCAUGUUAAGUCAGAGUUAAGUGCUUCACACACACCUAUUGGAUUAUGGAAAUAAAUUAUAGUAAUGGAG